AUGAGGAUGAUUGAAGAGUUUAAAGGAGAGAUGGCCAAGAGAUUUGAGAUGAGUGAUUUAGGAAGGCUUACAUACUAUCUUGGUAUUGAGGUAAAGCAACAUGAAGAGGGUAUAACCUUGAGUCAAAUUCAUUAUGCUCUAAAGAUACUUGAGGAAGCUGGAAUGAGAGAUUGCAACUCUGUUCACAUACUUAUGGAACCAGGGCUCAAGUUAGCCAAGUCUGAGACAAAGAGAGACAUUGAUGCGACUAACUACAAGAAGAAGUACUACUGGUCACAUCUUCUACCUCGGAAGGAGUCUAAUAAGCUGGUGCAGUCAAAAACAGGAUACACGGUGGCACUGUCGUCGUGUGAGGCUGAAUUCAUGGCUGGGACUGAAGCGGCCAGACAAGCGAUUUUGUUGCAAGAUUUUCUUGGUGAGAUCAUUGGAAUCUCAUACGAAGGUACUUUCAUACAGAUUGAUAACAGGUCGGCGAUUUCACUCACAAAGAACCUGGUGUUUCAUGGACGAAGUAAACACAUGCAUUCAAGGUAUCAUUUUAUAAGAGAAUGUGUUGAAAAGAAACUACUUGAAGUUGAGCAUGUACCGGGAAGUGAACAAAAGGCAGAUAUCUUAACAAAGGCAUUGGGGUGA